AUGAAGCAGUUUGUGAAGUUUUCCCCACUAUUGAUCCUCGUAGUAAUAAGCUUAGCCAAAAUAUCGAUGGUGGACGCUGCGACGGGAAUGAACCCCCCGGUGAAGCUGGUAUGGCAUUAUUACAAAGAUACUUGUGAUGAUGCAGAAACUUAUAUUAGAUAUCAAGUCGAAAAGUUUUAUAGGAAUGACACUACCAUUGCUCCCAAGCUCCUUCGUCUUCUCUACUCCGAUUGUAUGGUUAAUGGGUGUGAUGCUUCGGUUCUUUUGCAAGGACCAAAGUCAGAGAGGACAGCUCCCCAGAACCGAGGACUUGCAGGCUUUGUGCUAAUCGAUAAGAUAAAACAAGUUCUUGAAUCGCGUUGUCCCGGUGUCGUUUCUUGCGCUGAUAUCCUCAAUCUUGCCACUAGAGAUGCUGUUCACAUGGCCGGUGCACCGUCUUACCCUGUGUUUACCGGGAGAAGGGACGGUGGGGAACUCAAUCCAGACGCCGUGGAUCUACCUUCACCGUCUAUCUCAUUUGAGGAGUCACUGGCAUACUUCAAGUCCAAAGGCCUUGACGUUUUGGACAUGACUACUCUUUUAGGAGCACACUCAAUGGGGAAGACACACUGCAGCCACAUAGUGAACAGACUAUACAACUUCAAGGACACAGGGAAACCAGAUCCGACCAUGAACACAACCUUGGUUUCACAACUUCGAUAUCUUUGUCCUCCAAGAACUCAAAAGGGCCAAACCGAUCCAUUGGUUUACCUAAACCCAGACACAGGCUCGAGCAACAGAUUCAGCAGCUCUUACUAUUCUCGUGUCUUGUCUCAUAACGCUGUUUUGGGAGUGGACCAACAGUUGCUCUACAACGAUGACUCCAAGGAGAUCUCGCAAGAGUUCGCUUCAGGUUUUGAAGAUUUCAGAAAGUCUUUUGCUUUGGCAGUGUCGAGGAUGGGUUCUAUCAAUGUGCUGACCGGAAAAGCUGGAGAGAUUCGCCGAGAUUGCAGAGUUACCAACACUAACUACGCAGCUUAA